GAUAAAAUGCAGACGCGAUCGACAUCAAACCAGAGACUAGAAAAUGAAUUCCAACGCGAAUGGCUCUUCGCAGGUUGGCGAGGUGGUGCCUAUCGUGCCUGUGAAAGCAGCAAAGCCUUCGAAAUCUGUGAAUCGAAUGUCCUGGGACAACAACAGCAUAAAUAUAUUAAUAGGGGAAGUGGUUCUGGCCAACCCCUUCCAGUACAAAUACAGAACUGGAGAUUGAGCCAGAGCAUGGCAACAGAUGGCGGAAGGCAUGCAGAGGAAGGGGUUGAAGGUGGACUCCUGAGCAGUGAGAGACCGAAUCCACAUCCUUAAAGAUUAAGUGAAGGCAAAGAACUAUUUGGAGAAGGCUGCAAGUGGCAUCGUAGUAGAGGAGACAAGGAGGAGAAAGCUAUCAGAGAGGCGAUAGAGCGGAUGCUACAGGAAGAGGAGGACAUUGAGUUGGCACCAAAGGAGAGAGGAGAUGAGCAAACGAAGAAGGCGGAAGGUGAAUAGCUGAGAAAGAGGGCCUGCGAAACAUUAGGAGAAACGAGGAAGAGCAUUUUAGACACCAAGGCGAAUGCGGCACCAGAGGAACAGGAGAGACAGCGAGCUGAAGAGAUGGAGAGUAGACGAGAGGAAGAAGAGAGACCGGGAGCUGAAGAAGCAAUCCGAGAGCGUCGCUUUGAGCUUAUGCAACAUCAGAUGCUGCAUCAACAGCAACAAGCCCUCCAGCAACAACAACAACAACAGCAACAUAAUCAACAAAUGCAAUCAAUGAUGAUAGCUCUCAUUAAAUCUUUAGAAAAGAAGUAAAGAACAAUAUCUUAUUUUCCUCAUUCAUUUCAACUGAAAUAUGUUAUUCAAGAUAUUUAAAAUGUAUUCAGUUUCUAACAAAACAUUACAAAUCAAUUAUAAGCAUUUAAAACAAAUUU